AUGAAUGAAGUCCAGCCUUCCUGUUGGAAUAGCACACCUGUCUUGUUCAACAAAUCUUGGAGUGGAGGGCAUUAUUACCAAGUGAUCAGUGCAGCAGAAACAAUCAUCCUUCCCUCUCUAAUUGGGAUUAUCUGCUCUAUGGGAUUAGUUGGCAAUAUCCUCAUUGUGUUCACUAUAGUAAGGUCUAGAAAAAAAAACAUUCCAGAUAUCUAUAUCUGCAAUCUGGCUGUAGCAGAUUUGGUUCAUAUCAUUGGCAUGCCCUUUCUCAUUCAUCAGUGGGCCCGUGGAGGAGAGUGGGUGUUUGGCAGCCCUCUGUGUACCAUCAUUACAUCCUUAGACACAUGCAACCAGUUUGCAUGCAGCGCUAUUAUGACAGUCAUGAGUUUGGACAGGUACUUGGCUCUUGUCCAACCAUUUCGCCUCACUAACCUGAGAACAAGAUCAAAGACUAUUCGCGUUAAUUUAUGCCUGUGGGCAGCUUCACUGAUCCUUGUGUUUCCUGUGUGGGUCUACUCCAAAGUAAUCAAAUUCAAAGACGGCUUAGAGAGUUGUGCUUUCGAUCUAACGUCACCUGAUGAUGUACUUUGGUACACGCUUUAUCUGACUAUCACAACUUUCUUUUUCCCAUUACCACUGAUAUUCAUUUGCUAUAUAUUGAUUUUAUGUUACACAUGGGAGAUGUAUCAGCAAAACAAGCAAGCAGGAUGUUGCAAUACCAGUGUCCCAAGACAACGGGUCAUGAGACUGACUAAGAUGGUGCUGGUGCUGGUCGGUGUAUUUGUUGUAAGUGCUGCUCCAUACCACGUGAUACAGCUCGUGAAUCUUCAGAUUUCUCAGCCAUCACUGACAUUCUAUGUGAGCUAUUACUUCUCCAUCUGCCUUAGUUAUGCCAGCAGUGGCAUUAACCCUUUCCUUUACAUACUACUUAGCGGGAACUUUCGGAAGCGUCUGAUUCGGUGCACAAAUGUCAAGCUCAAGAUAACAGAACGUGAAGUUAACAACAUUGAAAACACACUGAGGUCAAGCUUUUAAAAGGAGAGUCUAUUC